AGAGAUGAGAGGCGCAUGGGCGAGGAGGCAACAGAAGCUGUACCAGCAAGUGGGAGAAAAGAGAAAACUAGGAAAAGAAAUGGGAAUCGCUGACCUCAAUCGCCCCUUCGGCUCCCUAUAAAUCUCCUUCUCUCUCUCUCUCUCUCUCUGGGAUCAGUAGAUCGAUCUGUAUCGAUUUUCCGCCAUGGAAAACUUUCUCUGAUAGCAUCUCUCUCUCUCUCUCUCUCUCAUUUCCCUUGGACCGGCGAUUGGUGUUCUUCUGAAUUCUUCCGGGAGAAUCACAGCUACUCGUCGCGUUUGCUUGCGGGAGGUGAGGAUGUCGACCCCUGCUAGGAAGAGAUUGAUGAGGGAUUUCAAAAGGUUGCAGCAAGAUCCACCUGCUGGCAUCAGUGGCGCCCCUCAAGACAAUAAUAUCAUGCUUUGGAAUGCUGUUAUAUUUGGUCCUGAUGAUACCCCCUGGGAUGGAGGUACGUUUAAAUUGACUCUUCAGUUUACAGAGGAUUACCCAAAUAAGCCACCAACAGUGCGCUUUGUUUCACGAAUGUUCCAUCCUAAUAUUUAUGCGGAUGGAAGCAUUUGUUUGGACAUUCUACAAAACCAGUGGAGUCCAAUUUAUGAUGUGGCUGCUAUACUUACCUCUAUCCAGUCGUUGCUCUGCGACCCAAACCCUAAUUCUCCUGCAAAUUCCGAGGCUGCACGUAUGUUCAGCGAGAACAAGCGCGAGUACAACAGGAGAGUGAGGGAAAUUGUUGAGCAGAGUUGGACAGCUGACUAACUACCCCUGGUAGGGCACUGUGAAAAUAGUAUAAUGGCUUGUUUGAAUGACAUCAAGACUCAAUAAUGAAUUGUCUCAAGAACUAUUGAGUACCCCCACCCCCCACCCCCCCUACCUACAAAUGUUUGCUUGCCACCUUAGGUAGGACGGAUGUGAUAAUCCCCUGCGUCUGCGUUUGCUGUGUGCAAUCGUCUUUAAACUGAUGUAAAUGGAACAAAUUUCUUGUAUUGCUAGGGUUGGAGCUGAGGGCAAAAUCAAGUAUUAUUUAUUACUAAA